AUGCCAGCUAGACCCAAUUCUGCAGUGAUCCUAAUGGAGACCAGCAAACCAGGUACAAAAAGUAUAACUUAUUUUAAGUUGCACUGCAAUGUUAACUGACACCUUUCUUUAAAAAAAAAAAACACCCUCUAAAAUGAGGCGACUGUUCAUCUGCUUUGACAGCAUUUGUGGUAACUGUGCUCCAGCAGUACAAACAAGCUCCUCACGAACUUCUUGUAUUUACAGUUGUUGCCUCUUCAAGCUCUCACUCAGAAGAUGUCUUUUUAAAUACUAUACAAUUGGAUUUAUACGGACAUAAAAGGUUUCUCAUGGGAAGAAAGAAAUCAAGUCAAGAGUGUUGAAACUAAUUGAAAAAUACCCACUUGCAUUUAAGGCCUCCAACUGGAGCACAUAGCGUACUUUUAAGCCGAAAAUACUUUACUCGUUUGGAAAACACUUGCAUUUUUUAAAAUGAAGUAUAAAAGGGUUGUAAGCUAAAACUUUUGAGAAGCACUUAAUACAUGUUUUUUUGUUUGUUUUGUUUUGUUUAUGGGUCAUCAAGGACAAAUUAAUUCAUUUUUGAGCGUUUAGACUUUAAUAUCUUGGCACAUCCUGCUCUAGUUUUUGGCAAGCGUAAAGGUUGUUCAUAUGAUACGUGGUGUCAUUAAAUGAAACAUGAAACUACUCUUCACAUUUUUCCUGAUGAACCUUUGGCCUUUACUUUUUUUAGGAAAGAAAACUAGGUCCAGCAAAAAGGCCAACCAAGGUAAGAUCAUUUCAGCAUUUUAACUCUCUUCGCUACUUACUGGGUUUGUGUUAAAGUCAAUUUUCUUCCAUUACAGAUCAAGUUCCUGUUUAUGUGCCAAACAUCCCAGAGCCAACAUGUCGAGCGGAGCUCAUAAACUGUAUGAGAUUUUUUUUCGUCAAAUCAAUGAAAUCAAAUAUAAUUCAUGUGUAUUUUUCUGAAUUUAUUAAAAACAAUAAUGCUUAAUUUUUCUCUUGUAGACUGGAUGAACUUGUCUUUCGAUGAUAAAACUGCCAACAAGUUGUUGUGGAUAUCUGACGGUGGGUCAAAAGUGUAUCGCAGGACUGAAGAAGUUUGUCCCGUCCUUGACAGACCCGAGAGAUACGAGUACUCUCCACAAGUAAGUCAGAGAAUGACACAAAUACAGCCGACAGCCAAAAAUAACAAAUAUUCUGUUCUUACUUGUUCCUUUAUUUUUGUCAAUUUUUGUCACCAAAGGUGUUGUGUAAAGAAGCUAUCUGGAAUGCGAGGGCUUACUGGGAGGCGGAGUACACAGGCUGGGUGGUAAUUGGAGCCACCUAUGAAGGAGCAGGACGCAGGGCAAACUCUGGGCCAAGCGGCCUUGGCGAAAACGAGGAGUCCUGGGGUUUGUGCUGGUCUGGGACGCGUUACCAGAUUUGGUUCAAUGGCUUGAACAAAGACAUAACCAGCGCCCCUUAUAGUCCCACGAUAGGAGUGUACAUCGACCAGCCAGCGGGGAUAAUUAACUUUUAUUCAGUAAGUGGGGAGGGAGCAGAGAGGGAAGUCAAACUGCUGCAUAAAGUUGAGGCCACCACUGAUAGAAAGAUCCUGCCAGGUUUCUGGAUGGGAGUUCAAUCCGCGUGCACGUUACUGAAAAAACCUGAGUGAAUAGUUAGAGCAAAAUCACGUCAAACAAGAUGUGAUGAUGCAGCAACCGGGUUAUGACAAUGAAUUCUGUGAAUGUGACAAAUAUUUUUAAUCAGCGGAUGCCUGCAGUAUGAGUCAGCUAAAGUUUUAAGAAACUUUUUUUUUUUUUUAAAUUUUUGUGUAUUUUUUUUUGCCCUACACUCCUUUAUUGUGUUCAGUAUGUGUUGUUCGGUAGCAUCAGGUUUCAUAUUUAUUGACUGUUUGUGAUAUUUAUGUGACUUUACGAAACAUGAAAUAAAACCUGAAAUAAAACAAAUGGAAGCUUCAAUUUAUUCAUGUCAAGUUCUUAAUGAAGGACUGUAAAGAUUUGACAAAAUUUACAGCCCAACGUGUGAGAUCCACCAUGUAUCAAGUUCAAGAAUCACAUACGAGUUCAAGGUUGCUCCUCUGUUUUGGUCUGUUUUUAACAUUACCAAAUGGGUGAAGGCCUUUGUGUGCUCCUAGGAUAUAGUUGCACAUGCAGGGCAGAGGGGUCAAAGCAUCGAUCCCCUCUGGAUUUUUUGGCUGAGUGAGGUGGGGGCUGUGAGAAUCACCCCACUCUAAGUUAGAGGAGCUCACUUUGAUAUGUAAGGAGAGACACCAGCCUGCAGAUCAUUUCUCUGCUUUGACAGGUGGGCCCCCCAUCUUCUACUGCUUUCACACCUACAGAAGGAGCUUUACAGGAACUAAAAGAAGGGCCCACAGACAAACACAGAGUCUUACACUCAGAGGUCAGAGGUCGAAUGCACUACGCAACCUCAUUAAACUAG